AUUCUCAAAUUGGACAGAGAGCGCGAGAGUGUGUGGUCACAAGUCACAGAGUGGAGAAGCAAUUCCAAACUUGUCAGCUCUGGUUGACACCAGCCCUGCCCUCCUGAGAUUAUAAGAAAGGCAAACCUUUCCACCAGUCAUUCCUGCCAGCCAGCUAGCAAAUUGAGCUGAAGGUGCAGAGUGUUGUCAUUGUAUUGGAAGGCAACGAACAUCUAUAGGUCGCCCCUGUGCUACGAAAGCCAGCAGGACUAUGGACACUGUCAGACUGAGGUCACUUGUGGCCCUGUGGCUCCUUAUCCACUCUGGGUGCUGCAGCCCUAUCAUGGCUCCUGAAGACCCCCGUCCUGCAAUGGGGAUGGACAGGCACAACCUCUUUGGAGACCCCCUUCUAGAGCAAGACAGCGAACUGGAUUUCCAGACCUUCGUGCAGACGAUUCGGGAGCAAUUCCUAAAGACCUUCAACCUGUCGGGUUUCCCGCAGCAAGAUGCCACCAAAGUGGAACCCCCAGAGUACAUGCUGCAGCUCUAUAACAAGUUUGCCAAUGACCGGUCUUCCAUGCCUUCUGGCAACAUUGUCAGGAGCUUCAAAAAUGAAGAUACAUCCUCAUAUAGCAUGGACAUCAGUGGGAUCCGAAAACACCCCCUGCUCUUCAACGUGUCCAUUCCUCACCACGAGAGAAUCACCAUGGCAGAGCUGCGUCUCUAUACCUUGGUUCAGCGAGACCGCCGGCUGUACGAGGGAGUGGACAGGAAGGUGACGAUCUAUGAGGUGCGCGAGGGGAGACAGGAGAAAAAGGAGGGUCAGGAGCCGGAGAGAAGAGCCGGAGGAGAACGGGUUGGGAGAGAGGAAAAGCUGGUGGAACUUGCAUCAAGGCAGGUAUUCGGGACAGAUAGUAGCUGGGAAGCCUUUGACCUGACUGAGGCCACCAGGCACUGGCGCAAGCUAGAUUACACCACACAUCGUCUGGAGGUGCACAUCCAGAGCGUCAACGACAUGGGCGGAGAGGCUUAUGAGGGAGGAAACCUGGACAUCGACAUCAACCCCGAGGCCAAGCACGAGCCCUUGCUCAUCGUCUUUUCCGACGACCAGAGCGGCGACCACAAGGAGGAGAAGAAAGAGCUCAAUGAGAUGAUCGGACACGAACAGCCGCUGGAGCUGGAGAACCUCGAAAUGGACCUAAAUGGGCUGGGGGAGGACGGAGAGGAAGGUCCCAACGAGGAGUCUCUGAUCCAGAUGAGGUCCAACCUGAUCUAUGACACCGCCUCCCGCAUCCGGAGGAACGCCAAGGGCAACCACUGCAAAAAGACCUCCUUCUACGUGGAGUUCAAAGACAUCGGGUGGGAUACUUGGAUACUCGCUCCUACUGGCUAUGAGGCAUACGAGUGCAAUGGAAUGUGCACCUACCCCAUGACAGAGCAUGUGUCCCCAACAAAGCACGCCAUCGUUCGGACUUUGGUUCAUAUGAGGAGCCCACAGAAGGUGUCCAGAGCCUGCUGUGUGCCCACAAAGCUAGACCCCAUAUCACUGCUUUAUAUGGAUGACACAGGCGUUGUCACAUACAAAUAUAAGUACGAAGGGAUGGUAGUGGCGGAGUGCGGCUGUAGAUAGUCACAGACUUUGAAAUACACAAAAGGGGGGAAUACAUAUGUAUGUAUAGUCAGCGUGGGGAUAUUUAAUUUUACCUGUCUGUAAAUGUGUAAAUUUUGUAUUUAAAGAAAGAGAUUAUUUAA